AAAAUCUGCCAGGAAGAUUUUCACCAGUUAAAAGACUAAUGUUACAAAAAAUUAAAACAGACAUAUCUUGUUUUUUGGUGUGGCGAAUAAUUGUAGAAAGGGCGUUGUUAAUCUAUGGAACUUUAAUCCUUUGAAAAAAAAAAAAACCUUAUCUGAUCUUAGCUUCAUCCUCAUCCUCAUAGUUGUGUGAAGGAGGAGGGCCAUGGAAGAAGCACCAUGGGAGCAGAGGCUCCAAGCCUUAACCCACAUCCUUACGAGCCCCACAACCACCCCAUCCCUCCACUCUCAAUUCUUCAUCGCCACCCAAAUCCCCUGCUACAUCAACUGGGACUACCCUCCCUUUCUCUGCUCCAACCCCAACUUUCUCACAACAUGGCUCCGCUCAUUCUUCCUCAAAAGGCUCUUCGGAACCGCACCUCCUCACACCUCUUGGCGAUCCAAGUGUCCCUUCCAUCAACCCCAACCCUUGAUUCUCGCGCAGGGACUCGACCACCCUAACUGGGAACGCCAACAGAGAAGAGCUUAUGUUAGGGAGAGAAUGGCUCGGAAACUUCGCAAAAAUGUUAACCCCGUUUUACACAUUGUAAUGCCAAAUCUUGUGUUCUUGUCGCUUAUGAUUUGGAACCCCUUUCGAUCUCUAGAUUGAUUCACAUCACUUUCAUUCUCUAAUUUCGGACUAUUUCUUUUUUUUUUCUCUUUCUUACACAAUGAUGGUUACUAGAAAUGAACGAAUGCUUUCUUUGAAGGAUGCGCUUUCAGCAAA